AAGCCCGUUGAAUGUCCGUUUCCUUUGAGUCUGUUACUUGACCAAGGGUUUAUCUACGCCCUUCUCCUUCGCACACAAAACCCCUUCCAUUCCAGUUUCCAAGUUGCAGUCCCUCAGCCCGCCGAUUACGCCAUGGACCCUUCCACGGUUGAUCCUGCUGUUCUGAAAUCACUCCAAGAGGAAAAGCAAAAGGCAAUGGUGAAUGAGUUGAUUGCUAAGGUCACAAGUUCGUGUUGGGACAAAUGCAUUACCAGCAGUCCAGGAAGCAAGUUCAGCUCCACCGAAACAAAUUGCCUAUCUAACUGUGCCCAACGCUAUAUUGAUAUGACUGGCUUGAUUGUUAAGCGUUUCCAGUCGAUGAACUAGCAAGAUAGAGAGAAAACAUCAAGUAGUAAAAAAAGUGUUGGUUUGUACCCGCAUGUGCAAUUGUUGGCAAGUUUUUACUCCGAAAUCAACUUUACACUAUUAUUCAUUUCCUUGACUAGUCAUCAUCUUCAUCUCCUCCUGUCUACAUUUUUUCUUUAUUCACGCAGUCUACGUCUUCGAUGGAUCAGGGUCUAACCCCGUUGACACAUUAGGCACUCAUCUUACCAUCUAGGGCCUCUGUCCCUUGUCAUUUUCAUUAGCUUAUUUUACAUAGGCUUGUACCUACAGGACUAUUUGCAAUUAAAGAGAUGAACGUGUGGAAAAACUCAAGUUUGAGUCAAUUGAUUACUGAAAUGGGUGUAUCUUUU